CACGCGGAAACACACUCGUUUUUCUUCAAAAAAAAAUCUAUCAUGGCUUCCCAAGGAUUCUCCGUCUACGUUGGAAACGUUCCAUACCAAGGAACUGAGGAGGAGAUCGGAAACUACUUCGCCGCCGUCGGACAUGUUAACAACGUCAGAAUCGUGUACGAUCGUGAAACCGGACGCCCACGCGGUUUCGCAUUCGUCGAGUUCUCCGAGGAAGCCGGAGCUCAAAGAGCCGUCGAACAACUUAACGGAGUUGCCUUCAAUGGACGCAACCUUCGUGUCAACUACGCCAACAAGUAAACUGACAACGCCGCCGAGUGACUCAAAGAGAUUGCACUUGUGAUAUACAUUCCACCAAAAAUUCUAUCUUCGUGCAUGUUUUUCACCAUCUACACUUAAAUAAUAAAUCUUUUUGAAAACUG